UUGCAUUUUCAAAACUUCUCCCACUCGCAUUUCCAGUACAGACUCCAGUAUUUCCCGGCGUGAUUCCCUGCUUUGAGGCGGGACUUUUACUUUCUCAGCGAGGCUUCUCACACUGCGGGAUGUGACUGCGCGCUCUGGCCGUGCUGACGCUGCUGCGUGUUAAAUUAGCUGGCUGCAGCCAUUCAGGGACACCUCUUGCGAUCCGCCGGAGCCCACAGUGCAAUAAACAUGGCAGCAGAGCUAUCCACCUCCAUCAACAUCAACGAGCCCCGGUGGGACCAGAGCACAUUUGUAGGUCGGGCCAAGCAUUUCUUCACAGUCACAGACCCCAGGAACGUCCUCCUCACCAACGAACAACUAGCACACGCGCACAAGAUCAUCACCGACUACAGGAAAGGCGUCGUCUCCCCAGGGCUGACCGAGGACCAGCUGUGGCGGGCCAAGUAUGUGUUCGACUCCGCCUUCCAUCCCGACACCGGGGAGAAGAUGAUCCUGAUCGGCCGCAUGUCGGCGCAGGUCCCCAUGAACAUGACCAUCACCGGAUGUAUGAUGACGUUCUACAAGACGACCCCAGCCGUGCUGUUCUGGCAGUGGAUCAAUCAGUCUUUCAACGCGAUCGUCAACUACACCAACCGGAGCGGCGAUGCUCCGAUAACGGUCAGUCAGCUGGGCACAGCGUACGUGUCUGCCACUACAGGAGCAGUCGCCACUGCUCUAGGACUCAAUGCACUAACAAAGCACGUCUCGCCCCUGAUUGGACGAUUCGUUCCGUUCGCCGCCGUAGCUGCUGCCAACUGUAUCAACAUCCCAUUGAUGAGACAAAGGGAACUUCAACACGGCAUCCCCAUAACAGACGAGAAUGACAACAGGUUAGGAGAGUCGACGAAAGCGGCCCAGCAGGCCAUCUCUCAGGUCGUGGUCUCCAGAAUCCUCAUGGCCUCGCCUGGAAUGGCCAUCCCUCCGUUUUUAAUGAACCAUUUGGAGAAGAAGGCGUUUCUGAAGAAGUUCCCAUGGAUGAGUGCACCCAUUCAAGUGACCCUGGUGGGAUUCUGCCUGGUGUUCGCCACGCCGCUGUGCUGUGCAUUGUUCCCUCAAAAGAGCUCCAUGUCCGUCAGCCGCCUGGAGCCGGAGCUGCAGGAGAAAAUCCGGGCCAGCCACCCCGGCGUGGAGCGGGUCUACUUCAACAAAGGGCUAUGAGCGCGCCGCGCCCUCAUCCACGCACUGCCAUAGCACAGCUGCAGGCUCGGCCCUCACCUCUCUGCCGGCCCUCCUCAUUCUCUGUGCCAAAGUUAAGUUUGUCUCGUCCCCUCCCUCCGCCGUCAGAUGGACGCCUGACGACUC